AACUAUAGAGAGAGAGCGGAUAAGACAGAGAAACAUUUUUUUUUAAGUAAAUGAUAAAAGCCGUGAAUUGUCUCCACCGUCAAUGGUGUCUGACCAAGAUCUAGCGAAAGGAGUCGAGACUUUGCUCCGACAAUCCGACCCCACCUCUCUCACAUCCUUAUCCACUGUCGUUCACCACCUCGAGGCUAAGCUAGGGUUAGACCUCUCCGACAAAACCAAUUUCAUCAGAGACCAAAUCAAUCUCCUCCUCCCACCAGCUUCCUUAUCAACCGCACAACCUCCACCCUCGCUAUCUCCUCAGCAACUGCAUUUCGGCGUCAAUGCUCCGGCGAAAGGGCAUUUCGCACUUCACCCUCCUCCUCCCCAUUUCUCUCUCCACCCUUCUCCUUACCACUCUUAUGACCUCAAUUUCCAGCAGCCGUAUCCUCCUUACAUGCCGCCGCGGCAGCGUCAGCAACAAGGACCCUCUUUGCUACUUCCACAAGGAACCACCUCUGUUAGUCAAUCCCCAAAAGAAAGCAGUGCACCAACUGGAACUAAAAGAAAGGGUGGUCCUGGAGGACUUAACAAAGUCUGUAGAGUUUCUCCGGAGCUUCAAGUCGUUGUUGGUGAACCUGCCCUUCCCAGAACUGAGAUUGUGAGGCAGUUGUGGGCGUACAUAAGGAAGAACAGCCUCCAAGACCCGAGUAACAAGCGGAAGAUCAUCUGUGAUGAUGCUUUGCGUGUGGUUUUCGAGACUGAUUGUACUGAUAUGUUUAAGAUGAAUAAGUUGCUUUCUAAGCAUAUUCUCCCCCUUGAUCCAUCAAAGGACUCUGGUCAAGCGAAACGGGCAAAAGCUGAGGUGGAGACUAAGGCUGAGACUGAGACCACAGAGCCUGUUAGUUCAACCUCCUCAACUGUUGCAUUAUCUGAGCCACUUGCUAAGUUCUUUGGCACUGGUGAGACGGAGAUGACUGAGGAAGAGAUUAUUCGCCGUGUGUGGGAAUAUAUAAAACUCAACAAUCUAGAGGACCCGGUAAAUCCAAUGGCUAUUCAGUGUGAUGAGAAGCUCCGCGAGCUUCUUGGGUGUGAGAGCAUUUCAGCUGUGGGGGUAAAUGAGAUGCUGAGGCGCCAAAUGUACAAGCGGUCUUGAUAUAUUCUGGUUCUGACUUAAUUGACUAGGAACUACUAGUGUGUAUCUAGGUGGACCUACUCAUGACUCUUGGAUGUAGAACUCUGAUAGGGAAGAAAAGUACCUUUUCACUUUUAACUUUAAUGCUAUUUUCAUCUUCCUUUGUUGUGUAUCAAUAUGGUUAGGUUGAUACAGUAUAUAUGGUGAUGUUUCUAGUACUGAAAACUCUAGUGUAAUUGUGUAACUAUUUAAGUGGCAAAUGGUGUAGAUGGUUUGUAUUCAACGCUAUUUAGCAAUGAAUGUUUUAGGAAGAAAAAAGUAAAUAGAAAAAGUUAUUUUA